AUGAGUGCCCGCAAAUUAAGAGAUCAAAAAUAAUCGAUAGCUGAUAUUCCCAAAAAUAUACCGAAGAAGCGAUCCACUAGAGCUAACUAGGAGGACUCAGAUUAAGACCUGAGUGAUUUGGAUAUGAAGCAGGACAAACUAAGUAUGCAGGGCUAUAAGUUAGGUUCAAAGAGACAAAAGAAAUAUGUGGGAAAUGAAAUGGGCGCGGAUAUUUCUUCCCCAGACAAACCUUCAACCAAAUAAAGUGAAGAAAGUGAUGAGCAAGCCAACCAGAGCUCAGCUACAAAACAAGCAGUCAUCAAUGCACAAGCUAAACAGGCAGAGUUAGCUCAUUUAAUGAGAUAAAGUGAUUUGUAAAAUGGAGUUAUUAAUACCAGCAUGAUGGCAAGUACUGGAAGAAAUAUGGAUAAUUAUCUGAAUGAAGAGAAUCUGAAGCAUCUGGAGAGAAUAAGUAAAUGUGUGAAACUAGAUUUCGGCAAGUUUACCAGAGAAAUGAUAAGAUAAUAAGAGAAUCCAUCUGAUUUGUCAGAAGGUUUCAGCAAAGUCAUCAAGGAUAAGGCUGACUUGAAUAUUGAAACCCUAUAAUCAAGAACAAUUCAUCUUUAAAACAAUAAACUUUCUGACAAAUUUAGUCGAAGAGAUAUUUAGUUUUACGAUCUGUACAUAAAGAAAGAGAAUGGGGAAGAGUUAGCAUUAUUGAAGGAUAAUCAAUUCCCGUUGGAAAUAGAUGCUGAAUAAUACUACUAAGAGUUGGAAAUUGAUGAUUUUAACCAUUUAUUCGCAAAUAAUAUGCUCAUUGAGGAGAGAUUUGGAAAAACCUUAAAAGUAGAAAUAGUCAGAGAUUCUAAUUCAAACAGGAUAAUGAGAAAAGUUAAAGAGCAUCCAGAGCUAGUAAAGAUAAAAGACAACAGAAGGAGAUCGAGUGACAUCAAUUAAUCAUCAAUGAAAUACAAAGCUGAUUAGAAAGAUCCUGAUCUAUUAUCCCUGCAUUAAUCCCUAAGACAAUUUGAGAAAGAUUAUGGCAAGAACAAUGAAGAACUUGCAGAGAUCUAUUGUAAAGUGAGUGGUCGUUUGAAUAAAAUGAAAGAUUACCUUGAAAACAAGCCUGUAAUAGAAUGGAGUUACUUAGAAGAUCUUGCAUUGGCUAAGCCAGAUGACAGUGCAGAGUUUUAGGUCCUGCUAUCGACCAAGGGUUGGGAGGAGAUAAUGAUAAGAAGAGAAUUUUUGCAUGCAACACCUGUAAUAAGUGAUGAUGAAGGCAAAUAAUGA